AUGUUUUCUCCGUGUGCCGCCUCUCUUCGAGCGAAUUUUCUCCUCCCGAAAGCUCGGCAUCUAAAAUGCCUGACUUCGUCCUGGAGAUGGCAAAAAACAGAGGCCAGUCCUUUGGUAAAGCGGGAAAUUGUCGACGACCCAAGGCCCGCAAAAUCUGCAGAAGUUGAAGCGCGACCAUUUCGUGACAUUCCAUCGCCCGAUGUUGGCUUGACAUCGACAAUUAAAUAUUUUAAGGAAACCGAAGGUUUUACCAAAGUUUACAAACUAACUAAUCGACUGUUCACGGAGCAUGGUCCUAUUUUUAGGGACGACAUAUUGUUUGGCGGCGAACCUGCGGUUCACACCAUCGAUCCUGAUGAUUUUGAGAAAGUUUUCCGUUCUGAAGGAAGAUAUCCACGCAGACCGCCGAUAGAUAUUUGGAUUGAGCACCGCAAAAGGAGGAAUUAUUUCAUCGGAGUCUUUAGUGCGUAAGUAAAUGUUACGUAAUGGUAUAAAUGCUAUUUUAAGUGGAUGUCAGUAAAACGCGGGGCUGGGGUCGGGGUCUAUGUUAUCUUUUUUUAAAAUCAUGCUUUUUUGGGGGUUACGGUUAGGGUUAGUGUUAGGUUAGGGUUAUUUAGGGUUAAGGUUAUUGCCCAUCCCUCUCCACCCUUUCCUCGAACAUGGCUGGAGUCUGAACCCCUAAUUUUUUGUUAGCGGCUUGAUGCAUGACUGUAAUUUUGAAAGAAAUGUCUGAAGGGUCCAAAUUACAUCUUAGCCCUACUUUUCAGAAACUCACUCUGAGGGAGGGAGGGAGGGAGGGAGGGAAGGGGGGGGGGGACUGGGUGCAGAUAAAAAAUGGAAUGUCCCCUCUCCAAGGUGACAGUACUUUUCAAGACAAACACAGUUGAAAGGGCAGAUACUUAUUGCACCUGCCUUCAUGAUAUGAAGCAGAAAAUAAUAAACAUUUUCAAAUGCAUCAAAGAGCAAAAUGCUUAGAAACAGGGUGGGGAUGGGAAGCUGAGUGGGGUGUGUAUGCAUUAAGAAAUGCACAAAUUCAAAUAGGUGUCAGUAAAACGUGUGGUUGGGGUUGGGGUUUGUCUUUUUUUUUUGAAAGAAUGCUGUUUCAGGGUUAGGGUUAGGGUAGAAGACAUUAAGCAAGACAACUCCAUUAGGGAGGUGGGGAAGUAAUAAUCAUGAGACCAUUUUUGUAGGGGAGUGGGAAUGGGAAUUGUUUAUAUUAUAUUCAUUCAUUUUAAUGCUAAUUAUUAUGGCAUUUUAAUGCUACAGUGUGGCACAAUCCAACCCUUUACUUGUUUUGUUUUUGUGAUAAUCGUAGGGACGGAGAAGAAUGGUACAGAAUACGAAAGAGUAUUGCUCCAAAAAUAAUGCUCCCAGAAAUAAUAGAGGAAAACAUUGAUAACUUUAAUGCUGUUACCAAGGAUACGGUAGCAAGGCUUGUUCAACUGAACAAAGAUUGUGGACCAAAUGAUCACAUUCCUGACUUGGAAGGGGAAUUGAGUAAAUGGUCAACUGAAAGUAAGUUGUCAGUAUCGUAUGGACUUAACCCUUUAUAAGUCCCAAUAGUGUCCAACAGCAAUUUUCUCCUAACAAUGUCCAUACAUUGUCAAGAGAUAAGGUUGUGAGAAUAUAAAAAAUGAUCAUGAAAGAGAAAAUGCCUUGAUGUUUUAUUAAAUUCUCUCAACUAAUUCUUAAAGGAAAUGAAUGGAGAUCAGUUUGGAGAAUUUGUAUGUGGAUACUGGGGCUUAAACGAGUUAAAUGCACUAAUUAAAGUGCCAGCACCAUGUAUUUAUAUACUGAUAUGCCAUCUCACUUCUCUCAGGUUCUGACCGUCCAUUAUUAAAAACACUGGUUGUGUAACAUUUAAAAAAAAUGCCACCAGUAAAGCCUGAGGUUAAUCCUCAUUAAUUUUAUUCAGCAAUAUUUUUUAUAAUUGAGCACAUUGAUCAAGAAGCGGAUGAGGAAAUUAAAUGGAAACCUGAGGCACCAAAGGUCUGAGAUAUGUUUAGGCCCACACCCACCAGCAUAUCUAGAUGCACUGCAUGCUGAGGAUCAGUUUCUUCGUAAGAACAUUAUUUCAUGGAAUUAACCCACCAGUCAGAACAAAAUGCAACCUAGCUCUUCAAAUAUUAAAAACAAUUGACUGCAAAUUUAGCUUACUGAAUGACAAACAACAGCUGACAACAACAGCUAACAUUUCAUGAUGUCUGCACUUUUACUGGUUUCUCUGUGAAAUGAUAUCUUGGGAAUGAGCACAGAAAUUCCAUACUUACAUCUGGGAAGUAUUUGUGGUUGGUCGUGCCACUAGAGACUCUGGAAUUUCUGUGCAGGUCAUUUGAACUCAGACACUAUUUCAUGGAAAAACCAUUGAUACGGUUGUUUUCUUAUAGGCUAAAAGAAUGAAGGUUAGCCUUAAAGUUAUUGUAAUGUUUAUUCAGCAUAUUGGUAUAUUUUUUUGCCUGUACAGGUAUUGGUACUGUGGCAUUUGACACCCGUCUUGGAUUGUAUGACGAUCCAAUCCCACCAGAAGCUCUGCAGUUCAUUAAUGAGGUUCAAAACUUCUUUGCCCUUUCCCACAAGCUUAUUUUCAGUGCAGCGCACAGAAUUGCUGGGCCAUACAUUGACACACCACUUUUCAAAAAGUUCCUAAAGUGUGGUGAUACUAUCUUAGACAUAGGGCAAGGUUUUGUGGAAAAAAAGAUGAUGGAACUAAAAGAAAUGGCAGAGAAAGGAACUGACAGUUCUGAUAACUCUCAAGGUUUGUGCAAGCUGAUUGGAUAUAUACUAGCGUCAAAAAUUUGAUUAACCUACUUGUACUUUUAUGAGAGCCUGACUGGGCUGGAUGAAUUACAAGAAAGUUUAAUAAAAAUUAAGAAAAUUAAGCACAGUUAAUAAAACAAGCAGCAUAACUCUAAAUAGAGUACUAAUAAAUAAUAAAAUGAAGCUAUAACAUUAGUCUCCUAUUUAUACAGCUGUUUUUUCCUUCUUACAAGAUAAAAACAGUUACAUUAUAAGCAGACUACAAUACUCCCACUAUAUAAUACCAGUUUUAGUUUUGGAUCCUGAAAAAUUUUUGGUUAGAGUAGGAAGUUAGGGGAGUCAUAGAAGGAUAGGUGGCAUGCCGCUGAUUUUUUCCCCUCCACACCCCUAUACUUUCCUGGUUCCCCACCACUGCUUGUAAGGUCAACAGAUUAAAGGAGAGGGGGGGGGGAGGGAGGGGGCUGGGGCUGGGGCAGUGUAAGGGGCUGGUGAAAUUUAAUAGGGUUUCUGGAGACUCUAGUCCCCUUAUUAUCUCACUCUUCGCUGAGAGUUCAUGGACACAUGAAGACAUGACCUGGAUAGCUGCAAGAUCAAAUAAUUGUUGGAACUUAUAAUAGCCUUCAAUGCUGAGGCUUAUUUUGGAGGCUCCUUGUCUUUGUUUUUGCUGUUGUUUUUUGUAUCGUUGCCGCCAUCUUUGACUUUAUAUCACACUGCCAGGGCUGUCAACCCCCAACGUCUUCAAAUAUUGAGAAUUGAUUGGGAAGGAAUGAUAGAUGACGAAAUAUCGCACGGCACAUGAGUUCAUUUGAGCAAAAAAUACUCUUGAUUCUGAUUGAUUUGCUUAAAUUACAGUGGCAUACCAGAGUUUAUGAGGCAGGGCUUCUGAUAUUUCGCGGAAAAAAAAGCAAAAUUUCGCGGGAUUUUCAGGGGCAAAUUCGCGGAAAAAUCGGCCGAUUUCGCGGGAUUUUCGCGGGAAAAAAGUCAAAAUUCGCUCAAAAAUCGGCCGAUUUCGCGGGAUUUUAGCGGAAAAAAGUCAAAUUUCGAAGGAUUUUCAGGGCAAAUUCUAAGAAAAAUCGGCCGAUUUCACGGGAAAUUUCGGGGGGAAAAUUCGCCAAGAAACAAUCAGUAAAAAACAGCCGAUUUCGCUGAAUUUUUUUGGCAAAUUUUGCUAAAAUCGAUCAAUUUUGCGUCGAUAUGACCAGCGUUGGUGAACGGUUUUUUUUUAACAGGGAUAAUCAUUUGCUCUUUCAACAACAGUUCGCUCGAGAAAUGACCGAAUGCUAAAGCCGUUAACAUUAUGGUUAGUGCCCAGUUUUUCGCAACGUUCAUCUAAGAACGCCUGGUAGUUUUGAGACGUUGUUUACUCGUUGCAGUGACGAAGUUUCAAGAUAAAUUUGGACGUUUGGGGUGAAUAGAACAGGUCUAAUAGCCCAGAUAAGUAUUAAAUAUGUUUUGCCGACAUGUAUUUGGAAAUAUUUCUGGCGGAUUUCGCGGUAUUUCGUGUUUUUUUGGGAAUUUCGCGGUAUUUCGCGGAAAUACCUGAAUUUCGCGGGUCCGCGACCGCGCGAAAUAUCAGAAGCCCUGAUGAGGGAGCUUAAUUCCCAUGUUAACGGUAAAAUUACUUCAAACAGCGCAACAAAUUGAAAUUUUAUAGGGUCGGAGAGUGAAGUCUAUAAGAAAUGACAAACUGCGGCGAUGAUCAGGGAAAUUUUCAACUCUAAUAUGGAGACCGGGAGAAACGGUCCAAAAUCUGGAGUCUCCCAGAUUGUCCGGGAGAGUUGACAGCACUGUCACUGCAGAGGAAAAUUGGGGAGGGUAGAAAUGGUAUCCGGCCUAGGACAAGUUAGCCUGCGAGCAAGCUCUCCUAUUUGGGCAAGCGAAACGAGCCUCGCGCGUUUUCGCGAGACUCACUUGACUCGCCCAAAUAGGAGAGCUUGCUCGCAGGCUAGGGACAAGUUGUUUUUUUUUCUAGAAUUCAACAUGAUGACCGUUACGCUAGCAGAAACGAUUCGUACACCUGAAGAAAACACAUGCAAUACAGGCCAUUCUUAUCUCUGCUUUUUUUCAUUUUUAGUUGUUUCAGUGCUGACGUAUUUACUCACUAAGGAAGAUCUGACACCUGAGGAAGUAAAUGGCCAUGUUAUUGAUGUGGUGGCUAAUGGUGUUGAUCAAGUGAGCGUAGAGAAAAAGAGAAUUAUAAUUAUUUAUUAUUUAAUGAAUGGUGUAGUCAAUCAGUGCUAUAUGUCAUCAUCAUUGCAUGAUACGCUACUUACCAGACCAUCGUAAUUGCUGUUAUUAUUAUCGUCAUCUUUAUUCCCGUUUACAAGCAUUAUCAUUAAUAUAUAGAUUUAGCCAGGGCUAAAAGCGUAGCUCUGGUUAAUAAUACGUGUAAACAAAAACAAAAAACUUAAAUCGUGUAAUGCUAAACGGGGACGACAAUGAAAAUGGCUUCAAGACUAAUAGAUCUAAUUUAGUGAUUUCCUUCCAAAUAAAAACUUGAGUUGCAUUUGCAUCGCCAUAUCUUUUGAUUGAGUUAUUUUACAUUGUUAUGCCUGUGGUGCCGACGGACGGUCUGUCGGUCGGUUGGUCGGUGUACGGUCACGUGAUUACCAAAUUUUCUUGGAUGGGUAGAUUACCACGUUUCCUUAGCUAUGGGGCUCCGCAUCAAUUUUGUUAGCAAUUUUAUCAUCCCGUAACUUUUUUAUAUUUUCCUUCAGUAUUUUCUUAUUUUUCCUUCGGAGAUAUUAGCGUAAAUCCUUUCUACCUGAAAUUUGGAGGAAAAUGUAGUUUUCAUGGUCGAGUGGUGUGCGUGCGAGCAGCAAGAUCGCGAGACGCAAGAAGCGAGGGCGACAUCCCGGGAUGAAAAAUGCGAGACUGCUCUUGAGUGAAUAAGUUAUAUAUUACCACUCCUGAUAUUACCAGCUCAAAGGCCAAAAAUGUGACCGGCUUAAUGUGCAUUUUACGUAUAGAGUCAGGAAAUCGGGUAAGCUUUUUUCCUUCUAUACUUUACAUCGACUGAACUUUUUUACAGUCUCUUUGUACAUUCGCCUUACAAUUAUAAGGUGGGUUAUUUUUACAAAAAGGGAGUAUUAUCAGGAAAGUAUUAUAAGGAAAGUAUGCAGAGAGAUAAACCAACUUUUUUAAAACUUCUUCCUGAUAACAGACAUCAAUAACCGCCCUUUGGUGGUUAUAUAACUUGGCAAGAUUUCCUCACGUGCAAGAAAAAAUUUACCAGGAGAUACAGAGCGUUGUUGGGAUAGACGGAGAAGUUACACCGCACAAUCUUGCAAAGCUUCACUAUCUGAAGGCGUCUCUCAAGGAAUCAUUAAGGUAAAACAUAUUGAAAAAAAUUCACUGUAAAGUUUUGUUUGUUUGUUUGUUUAAUUGUUUUUCUGCGUUUUUACGGGCUUUAUUACAGCUGUAUUUCGAGGGUUUGGUUUAUAUAAUAGCGAGUUAAAGCAAAAGCGUUCUAUUUAAGUGAUGUACAUACUGUGAGGCGUUUUCCCUUUUAGAAUAUCUUGACGCUGCCAAAUUCGUUAUGCUCAUUGGUGUCUUUGCCCUGAUAGAGACGAAUAACCCAAAAAUUUAGACGAAACCACUGCCAAAGACUGCAAAAAAAUCCACUUCCGGUUGAUUUGCGUCGCCCAAAAAUGUCUAUGCUUAAACUCCCAAAUAUUGCCAAUUUUAAGGUAUUUUAAUCGAAUUUAAUUUUAUCUAUGCAUCUCUUUGCUUGCAUAACAUACAUUGUUUCAUGCAUUGAAGACUGAACCCUACUGUAGGAACCCUCGAAAGGAUAUUAGACCAGGACGUUGCCUUAUCUGGAUAUACUGUUCCUGCAAAUGUAAGUACUACACUAAAUACACCUUACUAG